AUGGUUCAAGGCAAGGCAAAGUGGUUCAAAGAGAAGCGCGGUUUUAUUUCAUCGCAAUCUCCCAUGCUGUCUACUAAAUUAUAUGCCUUGCCUGAAGCCGCUACUCCGUACAUGAAGCUUAUUGUCACCGUACCUCCUCUUAGUCCCGAUGUCAUUGAUUUGAGAAAUAAAAACGCCGAGAAUUUCAUCUCGGGUGCAAAGCAUACCGAGAGCAGAUACCAGGCGAAGACGAUUUGGGAAUAUUGGUGUACGCAAACCUGUUCAACAAUGCCGCCGCCACUAUGCACUUUGAAUCUACGCAGUCACCGCCUCGGUGUAAGCCCGCCCGCAUCCAAUAGUCAGACCUCUAUCCCCCCUCGCCGACGUUGCAUUCCUCCCACUCCCACGCUUGUCCUCCUGGGAGAUGCUGCCACGAGGGCCGUGGGCUGA